AUGGGAUCCAACGUGGAGCUGGUAUGGCCAGAGGCAGAGGUAUAUUCAUCACGGGUGAACAACUGCUCACAUGCAAAUUCAUCUCUAGCUGCAAUUCGAGCGAAGUUGAGUGCGGAACAAUUAGAACAAUUCAAGACAUCAUGCUUUGGCCAUCUUCUGAAUAUAGAUAAGAUUCAGUUUAGCGGACAGAUUGUGCAUGGGGUUGUGUUGCGUAGAGUAGCGGGGCAGGGUGUGAAAGACUUGGAUGGACUGAGUUUCUUAUUAGGGUGUGACGUUGCUCAGUUCACUCGUCAGGAUUUCUGUUUGAUCACAGGGCUUCGUUUUGGGGAAGUGCCUGAAGUUUCCAGUGGAGAGAGUAAUGAAAUCAGACUUCAGAAAAGAUAUUUUAUAGACGAAGGAAUUACAUGCAAUGCUUUAGAAGAAGCAUUUGUGAGGUGCACAGAGGAAGAUGACAUCUUCAAGCUACCUCUUGUUUACUUUGCUGAGUUAGUGGUUUUGGGAAGGGACAAACAUUUGAACAUCAAUCUAAAUUACCUGACCCUUGUAGAGGACUUGGAUGCGUUCAACAGGUAUCCGUGGGGUUCGGUGUCCUUUGACAAAACCCAAGACAGUCUAUUUUCUGCACCAACAAAGUAUGUGAAAAGCUUGGAAAAUGAAGAGGGAAGAGGGAAGGGGAAAAGUAAGGUAACGGGAACAAGCCGGAGAAAUGAGAAGGGCAAGAAGGAUAAGCAUAGUGAAGCGCAAAGGAGUGGCUGGAGUUUUAAAGGUUUCACGUAUGCUUUCCAGAUUUGGGUAUAUGAAUUAAUUCCUAGAAUGGCGGACCUGAAUUACUGCAAGGUUGUUGAUCCGACCGCUGUCCCGCGUAUUUUGCGAUGGAGAACUACUACGUCUGUUCCAGAGAUGAGAAAGUUGAACAAUUAUUUUUUCCAGAGCAAAGAGGUUUGGUUUGCAGCCCUUAGAACUAUUGAUAAGAUUGAAUGAAAUUAUGAAGUAGAAUGAUUUAAU